UAAAUGUAAGUGUAGAAGAACGGCAGAUGUGUAUAGAAAAGGAGUUAUGUGUUGAAUCACAAUUCACAAGCACAAACAGCUUUGUUGGAAAAACUCUGAUCUCUCUGGAGACUGAUUCUUCUGAAAUUGAUGUGACGGAGUCUGUGACAGGGGAGGACACAACACUGCAGGUGACACCAAACAGCACCAAAGACUUGGAUAGUCAGGGCACAAUGGAUGUAGCAAAGAACGUGACUGACUCUCCACUGGACUUUGGCAUGCUGCACCAGAAGACUGUCAGCUCUGAUUCCAAAGUUAAAAGAUUGCGGGCCAUACGCCUGCAUGCCAAGACUCUUGCUCGACGCAGCCUUCUGCAGCGGGAACAGGUGUGCCAUGGGAGCAGUCCAGAGAAGUCUGCAAACUGCAGUCAAGAGGAUGGGGACAGAAGAGGGCUUGCCAAUCAUCUGAUGGACACAGAGGCAGCAUCCCCCUCUGCCUCACCUAGCGGUAUUUUGAAGAAGCGUUCUCAAGUGAGGUUAAGUCAAGAUGGAAGCCAGCAGGACUGCAGUCUACCUCCUGGCAAGAAACGCCGUGUGUCUUUUGCUGAUCCAGUUGUGAGUGGUGAAAGUCCUUCUCACCAAGCAACUCUUAUGCACACAGUAUGGCGAUGGGAUCCAUCUCUAUCUACUGCCCGUUCAGCUGCAAACUUCACUUCAUAUCUGUCUCUUCAGCCUGCUCACUCCAGUAAAGAACAUAGCCAACAUAAGCUGACAAGGCUGCGCCGCAAGAGAUCCUGUUCACCAGAAAGUUCCCAGAUGAGCAACAAGACAUCCCAGAACAGCUAUUGCAGCACACAAGACUCACAGCUGAAUUCCAAAGAUCCUAUUUUCCCAGCUUUAGUAGAUUGCAGCAAGUCAGCAGAGAUAAUCCUACCACAGUUGACUUCAUCAGUCUGGCAUCGGGGUCUCAGUCAGCUCAUGAAAUCUCGGGGUGUGCAUACAAUCGGUGAUCUGGCAAGGCUAACUGAGGUAGACAUUCAGCUUAUGCCUGUGAAAACCCCUAAGGUGGAUGUUGUGCGAGGAGCUCUCCAGAGGUAUUAUGCCAAUCAUUCCAAGAGACUUUCCUCAGCAUUAGUCGAAGGAAGCAGUAGUGACCAGGAGUCCGUGAAAACAAAGUCUUCAGUAGUUCGAGCUUGGGAGAAGCUGCCAGAAGUUGAAAAUGAGGAACUGCCUAGUGCUGAUGAAGCACUCAAGGAGCUGUUCUCAGACAAGGCAGAUGAUGAGGACCUCAACAGCAGCAUAGAAGGACCCGAUGACUUGGAGGUAGACAGUUGGCCAGCAGCAGAAUCCCCACAAAUUCAGCCUCACCUAGAACCACCAACAUUGACCCCUGAGCCUCCUUUAGAACCACCAACAAGCAUAUGUGAUCUGAAGAAAACUCCAAGUCUGAAAAAACUCAGUUCUCUGAUAAAGUCUUGCAGCAGUGAAGAUAUUAAUCAACUGACAAAUUCAGAACUGUUUGAGUUUCACAAGCAACUGUCCAACUUAACCAGCAUAGUGUUUGAUACAAUCAAAUCUCGUUGUAGCUUGUCAGACUCAUAGGUUCCUUGUAUAUGAGCUUUGAAUGUGUGUCAGAUGAAUGAUUUAAAUAGUAUAAUACUGAGAAAAACAGAAUAUUUCCCAUUUAUUGCUAUUUUCAAAGAAAUUUACUUGAACAAAUAUCAUGCUGAGAUUAAUGCUGUUUAGAUAAUGAUUAUUUAAUAAUAGGAUGAUAAAUAACAAUAACAAAAAUAACAAAGGCCUACAGCACAAGAAUUUAAAUUAGUAAGCCACUGCAUCAAGCCUCAAGCCACAUGUAAGUCUCCUCUUGUUUGCUGACCAUUACACAGUUCACUUGUAGCAGUAUAAUUGUGCUAAUUAUGGAAUGUGAAACCAAUCAUUCCUAAAUAUUUUUUAAAUAAAACUUCAGAUGGAAUUUGCAGAUUGCUUGCAGUAGUCAUGAUAGCAAUAGUGUCAUUAGUUUUGGUGGGUUGGCAACCUUUACUGCAUAAAAAGUUUUCAAAGAUGGCACCUUUCUUGUCUGUUAUGCCACCAUAGACAACCAGAGAAUACCUACAGUAGCUAUGUUGUAGCCUGUAAAUCUCUGAUACGGUUUGCAAGUAUUUUUGUGUGUAUGGAGCAUUUUCCCUAUUUUUGUUUUCUUAACAUAUUUUUAGGAUGAAACCACCAUAUUUUUUAUAAAGCAUCCCAAGACCUGCUUAGUGCAUAUUGCAUAUCAUAAUAUUUUUAUUUGGAACAUUCAGCAAGUACUAUUGUUUUCCCCACAUCUUUUAUAUUAUUUCUUGAUUUAAAGUUUGCAUUAGAAUCCUGAAGUAGCCUAUAUAUGAAUAUUAGUAAGCAGUCUUGAUACAUCUUUGCCAUGCUUGUACUACAGCGUGAUAAAAUGCUAUUUGUAUAAUGUUAUUGCAUCUUGUUGAUGUUAGAAUUUUAAACUUCAAAUUUUUACUCCUGUUUCAUUUUGGCUUUCUGAGUGUACUUCCAGCAAGUGCUUUCAUCUGAAAUUAUGGAAGAUCUAAACCUGUCAUGCAAUUAUCUGCAGACAGCCCAUGAGUAUGAUUUAGUCAGUUACAUUUUGUUAUAUAUUCAGAACAAAAGACUUAUUACUAUUGACAGAGAUGCACUGUGGUAGUAUUGUACCUAGGAUAUAAAUGUUUAAUGUAUUUACUGAGGAACAAGCUUGCUUCAGAGUAAAAAAAAAAAAAAAAAAA